AGAGAAAGGAGAGCAGAGAAGACGAGAAGGACUGAACGAGACAGCGGAACACAACAGAGAUGUGGAUUUAAUUUGCAAUAACAGUAAACGUACUGUGGUGAAAACAAGAGAUCACUUCCUCCAGGGCCAGCUGAGACAUGGACGCCUUCAAGCUGAUGAAGGAACUGAGGGUGAAUUAUGAGCAGGAGGCUUAUUAUCUCCCUAAAGAGACGGGGCUGAGCCUCAUCGAGUCCACAAGAGAGGAUGACAGUCGGAUCUCGGCCAAGUGCAGAGACGCCAAAGUUGAAGACCUGUGGAGUCUGACCAGCUUCUUCGGUUACAGAACGCAGACCUUUGUCCUGGCUGUUAACCUGCUGGAUAGAUUCCUGGCCAUGAUAAGGAUCCAGCCCAAGCACCUGUCCUGCGUCAGCAUCAGCUGCCUCCACAUGGCGGCCAAAGUGACGGAGGAGGAGUGCAACCUGACGCCCACCGACGAGCUCAUCCGCAUCGGACAGUGCAGGUUCACCGUGUCCGACCUCAGCCGCAUGGAGAAGAUUGUUGCCGAGAAGCUCAACUUUAAGUCCAAAGCCAUCACUGCCUUAACCUUUCUGCACUUGUACCACCAGAUCACACUUUCACACUCCACACACAGGAAGAAGACUCUGAGCCUGGAGAAACUGGAAGCUCAACUCAAAGCAUGUCUGUGCCGGAUUUCUUUCUCCAAAGCAAAGCCGUCCGUCCUAGCCUUGUCUCUCCUGAAGCAGGAGAUCGAAGCCGUUCAGUCAAAGGACAUGUUGGAAAUAGCCUACCACAUCCAGAGACACCUAAAGAUUACGGACGGCGAGCUGCUGCUAUGGAGCGAGCGUGUGGCGAUGUGUCUUUCCGACUACGCGUCCCCUGAAUGCAGCAAACCCAAUCACAGGAAGCUGCAGUGGAUCGUGUCCCGGCGGACUGCCCAGAACCUGCACAGCUACCGCACCGUCCCCGAGCUGCCUACAAUCCCAGAGGGCUGCUGGGACGAGAGCGAGAGUGAGGAUUCCUGUGAGGAUGUGAUGAGUUCAGGCGAGGAGUCUCUCAGCAGUUCUCUGGGCAGCGACGCCGAAGGGCCCUUCUUCCCUCUGCACCUCCGCCGCCAAAAACACCGCCAACACCUCCACGCCUGACGCCUCCCAGUGCCUCGCCGCCUCCCCCCUUCUUUAGUCUUUAAUUUAUUGUUUAAUAAGCUCCGGUGCUGGUGGGGGAAAUUGCACAACAACUGGCAGCUGAGCAGUCCGGACACUUCCUGGUUAGAUUUGGUAGAUUUUAGUUCGUAGACGUGUCGGUGCAUGUUGAGAUGUCACAUUCCAGGAUGCAAGAAUAUAAAAGUGAUGUUCGGUGAAUUUGGGUCAGUGCAGUGUCUGGUCUUUAAGGUGCUGAGCUAACAGACGCUGCAGUCCGGUGAAAAACUUCCAAACCUCAGACGUCGGUUCAGACCAGAGACGGCUCAUGUUGUCGACAAAAAAAAAAAAAAAAUUUGCCAAAACGUGGUAUUUAUUCAAUAGAAUGUUUUUGACUGUUAUUAAUCUAAGACUGCUUUUUAUGUAGGAGUUCUCUUGAU